AUGCGUGAAGCAAAGAUUAUCAUCACAGUUGCGAGUGCUUUCAGUGCACUUGCCAUUCUCGCUUGCGCUAUCGUCAUACCGUCACUGUAUAGUACCAUUAAUGAGGUUUAUGAAAAUGUGGUUGACGGUGUGCAGGUGUUCCGCGUUGAGACCGACACAGCAUGGACCGAGAUGAUGGAAAUUCAAGUAGCUGUCAGUCCGCCAAGUAGACCGCGUGAAAAUCCAUUCAACAGUAUCUUCCGUAGGAAACGUCAAGAUUUCUCGAGUCUACCUGAUUUCUGUCAUUGUGAGCCGAUCAAAGUUGUUUGCCCACCAGGACCGCCUGGUCCACCUGGAGAUCCAGGACCAGACGGAGAGAAGGGACCUCAAGGUCCACCAGGUGAAGAUUACACUGGUACAUUCACUCCAACCAAUUGUCCACCUGCUGAUACAUCCUGCAUUAAAUGUCCGGCUGGUCCACCGGGACCACCGGGACCCCCCGGUGUCGAGGGUCCACCAGGACCUGAUGGCAAGCCUGGACCUACAGGUCCACCGGGGAAAGAUGGGCCGCCCGGGCCGCCAGGACCAGAAGGUGAGGCAGGCGAACGUGGACCCGAUGGACCACCAGGACCUCCAGGACCGCCCGGAAAAGAUGGACGACGCGGGAAGGGAAUGCCAGGACCCAAGGGACCACCAGGACCGCCUGGUCCACCUGGCAAACCGGGUCCGAAUGGAGAAAAUGGAGUUGAUGGGAAGCCUGGACCGGAGGGCCCGCCUGGUCCCGCUGGAAAACCAGGAGAACCUGGACCUCAGGGUGAGCCUGGAGCUCCGGGUUUACCGGGUGCUCCUGGGAAUGAUGCAGCCUAUUGUCCUUGUCCUCCACCCCUUAAAAAAGAGAAAUGGCAAGGACAGGUUGCCAGUUUUUUCCCGAUGCAAGCCAUUGAAGAAAUUAUUACGUCCCACACUGGUUUCGUAAGCAAUGGCUUAGCACAGUCCUCUGUCACCAUGACUGAGACUACAGUAUUGACGGUGGUUGCUACCGGAUGUAGUUUACUGGCUCUUUUAGCAUGCAUUAUCACCAUUCCGUCUCUUUACAGCACUAUCAAUGAGCUUCACGAUCAGGUCAUCGAUAGUGUUGAGGUGUUCCGUGUGGAAACUGACUCAGCAUGGAACGAAAUGAUGAAUGUGCAAGUUAGCGUAACACCACCCAGCAAACCACGCGAAAAUCCGUUCAGUUCCAUUUUCCGUUCGAAAAGACAAAACUUCGCCGGUCUUCCAGCGUUUUGCCACUGCGAGCCAAUCAAGCUGAAGUGUCCUCGUGGACCACCAGGACCUCGUGGUGAUCCAGGACCAGAUGGACCUCCCGGAGCACCUGGACCGAAUGGAGGCGAUGUUGUAAUUAUCGGCGGAUCAACUUCAUAUUGUCCUGUUGACACAUCAUGCAUCAAAUGCCCUGCCGGACCUCCUGGACCCAAAGGACCCGACGGACCACCAGGACCACCAGGACCGGACGGAAGGCCAGGACCACCAGGAGCAAAUGGACAAGGACCACCAGGCCCACCAGGACCACCCGGACCACCAGGCAUGCCCGGAGCGCCAGGACCGAAGGGACCACGUGGACCAGAAGGCCCACCUGGCAAACCAGGACUGGGCGGCAAAGGAAAACGCGGCCCGAAGGGAGCACCCGGACCUGCAGGACCACAAGGAAAACCAGGACCAAAGGGACCAGAUGGAGCACCAGGAAAACCUGGACCCGCAGGUGCACCAGGCAAAGCAGGCAAACCAGGAGCUCCUGGACCUGCUGGCAAACAGGGAGAGAAAGGAAAAGACGGAAAAGCUGGAGAGGAUGGCCUCUACUGUCCUUGCCCUCCUCGCAUUCUCCAGAAACGUGAUAUUCUUUUCCAUCCGGUCAGUAUUGCAUGUACUCGUUCAGUUCAUACUUCAUUCAUAUCCAUGGCUGAAGCUCAUCGUCGCAAUGAGUCCCAUCCUAGAAUGAACGGCAUCAAGGUGACUGCGUUCGUAGCCGUUGGCUGCAGUGCGUUUGCUGUUUUCACUUGCAUCCUCAUCGUGCCGUCUCUCUACAAGACCAUCAAUGAGCUACACGAUCAAGUGCUCGAUAGUGUUGAGGUAUUUCGCGUUGAGACAGAUUCAGCAUGGAACGAAAUGAUGACUGUCCAAGUGGGUGUAACACCACCCAGCAAACCACGUCAGAAUCCGUUCAAUUCCAUUUUCCGUUCGAAAAGACAAAACUUCGCUGGUCUCCCAGCGUUUUGCCACUGUGAGCCAAUCAAGCGGAAGUGUCCUCGUGGACCACCCGGGCCUCCUGGUGAACCAGGACCAGCAGGACCUCCCGGAAAAGAAGGACCGAAAGGAGGUGAUAUUGUAUUUAUCCGUGGAAAAGAUUCAUACUGCCCUGUCGAUACAUCAUGCGUAAAGUGCCCACCUGGACCACCAGGCCCGAAGGGACCCGAUGGACCACCAGGAACACCUGGACCGAAUGGUGAACCAGGUCCACGUGGACCUGGUUCAGUCGGUCCAGGACCACCAGGUCCACCUGGACCUCCUGGAGAGCCAGGAGCGCCUGGCUCUAAAGGACCAUCUGGACCACCUGGCCCCCCUGGUAAGCCCGGCAGAGCAGGUAAAGGGAGACGCGGUCCGAAAGGACCAACAGGACCGCCAGGACCACCAGGCAAACGAGGACCAAAUGGUGAGAAUGGAUCGCCUGGAAGGGUUGGCGCUCCAGGUGAACCCGGAAAGCCCGGAAAAGCAGGAUCACCUGGACAAAACGGAAGUUCAGGCUCAGGUGGUACCGGUGGAAAGUCUGGAAAAGAUGGUCUCUACUGUCCUUGCCCUCCUCGUGCGAACGGACGGCGUUUUAUCAUGACUCAUUAA